GCAAUAGCUUUGCCUGAAUUAGAAGUUAAAGAAGGCACAGAUCUUUUCAUCAUAGAUGAAGUGGGCAAAAUGGAGCUUUUCAGUUCUUUAUUUUUUCCUGCUGUUUUGAAAGUUCUUGAAUCCAAUAUCCCGAUUCUGGCCACUAUACCCAUACCCAAGUCUGGUCGUGACAUCACUGAAGUUUCUAGGUUACGAAAUCAUCCAGGGGCCGCAGUAAGCACACUCAAUACCGGGAAUAGAGAUGCCAUUAGAGUGACCAUAUACACUCAGAUUGUCAGCUUACUGCAAAAACACUGAGGUUCCAUUCUGGACGAUACAUGCUUCAGAAAUUAAGCAGAGGGACCAUUCGAAAGACAAACUUGCUGCUAUAACGGUACAGUCUCCUUUGUGCAUUUUUUUUUUUUUUCGUUGGCUGUGCUCUAUGGUUCAAAUAUGUUGAGACAAUGUUACCGUUG